UCAUCGUCAUUUAGGAAAAUUCAGAACUUUGAUUCCACAAGCAACAGAGCAAGCAAGCUUCUAGGGGUGUAAAUGCAAAUGGCAUCUUUCCUUUUGCCUUUUUGUUUGUUAAAGCGUAUUAAAAGAAGCUAAGAACUUACAUAACGCCGUGGGUUCCACUUGCAGAAUUUUGAAUUUUUGUCUUUUGAAGCAAACCCUAGAGUAGUUUUCCUUCCAAGGUAGCGCUUUUCUCCAUCUGCACAUGCCCAACGGGCGAUUCAAAUUGGAAUAAGAGUUUAUUGUCUGUUCGUGCGGAGGCACAGAGCUAAUUCUUUGCAUAAUCUACGUUUUGCACACUUCCUUUCCGUCUCCCUGUUUUCCAUCACUCCCUCGUUCUCUGAAAUCUCUAUCUUCUUGAGUUUAGUGCACCGGGUUCCGAUUUGCGAGGCUUUUGCGGUUUCAAUGGAGUUUUCUUGGGAUCGCAGAUGAGGGGGCUGGAUUUCUUUUAUCAGUGAGCUCCGUGUCGACGAUCUUUAGAGCAAGUUUGAGAUUUGGACUUCAAAAUGAUGCUUUUUGCAGAGGCGAUGGGGUCUGCGAGCGCUCGGAGCUCGCUGGAGGUGAUGCUGGACGCAAUCAGAAGGAAGGAUGAACAGCAGAAGGAUCUGCCUCCGGCAUUACCAACACGGCCGACCUCGAGAGGCCGUCUGCCAUCUUCUAGGAAGUCGUUUCCUGUUAAUAUCGCUCUUAAAAGUAACGGACAGGAGAUCAAUCUGGGCUUGUCUGAGAGAAGAGCGGAAGUGAAGGAGGAGAGUUUUCAAAAAGGCGGGAUCUUUGGAUGCGUGGAGAAGGUUCCAGAUAUUAGGAUGCCGGGCCUAGAGAGCUAUGGGGAAAGGCCGGAAGUAGAUGACCCUGUGGACCACAAAUGCACAUCCUCCUCGUUGGCCAUUAACCUGGGUGGCCAACUCAAGUCCGCUGAAGCUAUUGAUUAUUUCUUAAACAAGAAACUUCGAGUUUGGUGUUGGAUUCCAGCGGGGAAAUGGGAAUGUGGGAAAAUUCAGUCAGCUUCAGUGAAUGAUGCUCAUGUUUUGAUGUCCACUGGCAAUAUUUUGAGGUUGCCUUUUGAAAAUAUCUGGCCAGCAAAUCCAGAGGUCCAGGAUAAUGAGAAUGAUCUGGCACUGUUUAGUUAUAUAAAUGAACCUUCAUUUCUUCAUAAUCUUAAGUGCAGAUAUUCUCAGGAUAAGAUCUAUAGCAAAGCAGGUCCUGUUUUAGUUGCGAUCAAUCCUUUUAAAGACUUGUCACUACAGGCAAAUAAUUCUGUUGGAGAAAAUCCACACGUAUUUGCAGUGGUAGAUCAGGCUUUAAAUGAAAUUUUGAGAGGUGGGAAAAAUCAGUCCAUCAUUAUAAGUGGUGAAAGUUGCUCAGGGAAAACCGAAACAGCAAAACUUGCUAUGCAACGUUUAGUUGCCAUUGGGAGUGGUGAUGUUAUUGAUUUUGAGGUUCUGAAGGAGAAUGUGAUUCUAGAAUCCUUUGGGAAUGCAAAAACACUGAAAAAUGGCAAUUCUAGUCGAUUUGGCAAAGUUAAUGAAAUAUAUUUUAGUGAAGCUGGAAAAAUAUGUGGUGCUAGGAUCAAAACUUUUCUACUUGAAAAGUCGAGGGUUGUUGAAAGAGCUGUAGGGGAAAGAUCAUUCCAUAUUUUCUAUCAAUUAUGUGCAGGAGCUCCUCCUUGUCUUAAAGAGAAGUUGAACCUUAAAGCGGCAAAUGAAUAUGAGUUCUUGAAGCAAAGCAGAUGCUUGACAAUAGAAAACAUCGAUGAUUCCCGCAAAUUUCAAUUAUUGAUGGAAGCUUUAGAUACUGUUCAUAUCACUAAAGAUGAUCAAGACAGUUUAUUUUCAAUGCUCGCAGCAGUGUUGUGGUUGGGUAACAUUUGUUUUUCAACAAUCACCAGUAAGAACCAGGUGGAAGUUAAUCUCGACGAAGCUGUAGCUAAUGCGGCAAAUUUACUGGGUUGUGAAGUUGAUGCAUUAGUUUUAGCAUUAUCAACUCAAACAACUCAAUCCGGAAACGAUAAUAUAGUUCAGAAGCUAACGUUAUCUCAGGCAAUUGAAACUAGAGAUGCAUUGGCAAAAUCAAUUUAUGCUACUCUGUUUGACUGGGUUGUUGUGCAGAUCAACAAAUACCUUCAAGCUGGAAAGACUUAUAGUGGAAGCUCCAUAACUAUCUUAGAUACAUGUGGCUUCGAGGUUUCUCAUAAGAAUGGAUUUGAUCAAUUUAGCAGAAACUAUGCUAGUGAAAGGAUGCAGCAGCACUUCAUUAACCAUCUUCUUAAACAUGAACAGGAGGAGUAUACUCUCGAUGGAGUUGACUGGCGCAACCUUGACUUUCCAGACAAUGUUGACUGUCUAAAUCUCUUUGAUAAGCCCCAAGGGAUUUUAUCUUUGUUAGAUGAAGAAUCAGCUUGCUCCAAGGCAACCGAUUUCACCCUUUUAAACAAACUUAAAGAUCAAUUUCUUGGCAAUCCUUGUUUCAAGGGAGAAAGUAGUUCUUUCAGAAUCUGCCAUUAUGCAGGAGAGGUUUUGUAUAAUAUAAGUGGCUUCUUGAAGAAUAAUAGAGAGAUAGUUCAUGAAGAUUCUAUUAAAAAACUGCUUUUAUCAUGCGGAAAUCGACUUCCCCGGGUGCUUGGCUCCUUGGGUAGUUUAUCUUCUUCAAUGCAGGGUGCUGUUACAAAAUUAAAGGAUCAACUUUCAGAGUUGAUACAACUGCUGGAGAACACCAACCCACACUUCAUAAGCUGUAUUAAUCCAAACAGUAAACAACUUGCUGGAAUUUAUGAAGAAGAUUUUGUCAUUCGACAGCUGAGAAGCUUCAGCUUACUUGAAGUUGCCAGGAUAACAAGGUCAGGCUAUCCUACAAGAAUGACCCAUCAACAGUUUGUUGAAAGGUAUAACUUUCUGCUUAUGGAAAAUACACCGGUAAUGGAUUCACUUAGUACUUUAGUUGCAGUUCUGCAGCAAUACAGUGUUCUUCCUUGCAUGUAUCAAGUUGGAUAUACAAAAAUAUUUUUCCGCAGUGGACAGCUUGCAAUACUAGAAACUGCUAGAGCCUGUAAAUUGCAAGGAAUCUUGUGUGCUCAGAAAUAUUUCCGUGGUGCUCGAGCUCGUCGCAGUUUUAAUGAUAUUAAGAGUGGAGUUACAACACUGCAAUCAUGUAUACGAGCUAAAAGAGCAAGAAAUGAGUUUCACUAUUUAGCAAGGCGGCAUAGAGCUGCUGUUCUUAUACAAAAGCAUGUUAAGCGGUGGGUUGCUCAGAAAGCUUUUGCCAAACAACAAAAGCUUAUAAUGCUUUUGCAAUCAGUCAUACGUGGUUGGUUGGCAAGAAAGCAUUUCAAUAUUAGCAGAAGCUUGGAAAUGACAAAGUGCAAUGAUUUAAAUCUUGAGACUGAUCUAAGCAAGAAUCUCCAUGAAUUUGAGCAAAAUCCUCCUCCAGUUGAGCAUUCAGUUAUGGUAGAACUUGAGAGCCGGGUUCUGAAAGCGGAAGCAGAGCUGAGACAUAAGGAAGAGGAAAAUUCCUGUCUGAGGCAACAACUUCAGCAAUAUGAGAUGAGAUGGUCAGAUUAUGAUGCAAAAAUGAAGUCCUUGGAGGAUCUGUGGCAAAAACAGAUGACUUCAUUGCAGAUGAGUUUGGCUGCUGCAAAGAGGAGUCUUGCUACCAAUGAUGUGGCUAGCCUGGCUGGAAGGCCUGAUUUAUCACCAAGCUAUCCAUAUUUCGACUCUGAAGAUGCCAUGUCUUUUGAGACUUAUACAACUGAAGGAACACCUGCGAAACGAUCCCGUGCAUCUGGUGUGGCACUAACUAAAACUCCUGAAGGUGUAAGGAAUACAAUCAGUCACUUAUUCAAGGAGUUUGAAGAGAGGAGACAGAUAUUUGAGGAUGAUGCAGGUUUCCUUGUUGAGGUGAAGUCAGGAUUGUCGGUCUCCAACAUAAAUCCUGAUGAGGAGCUCAGCAAACUGAAAGUUCAGUUUGUUUCUUGGAAGAAAAAUUACAGGGUUCGAUUGCGUGAAGCAAAGGCUGCGCUUAAGAAGCUUGGAAAUCCUGAAACGCCACAAACACGAAGGAAAUGGUGGGGCAAUUGGAGCUUAAAAUGAUUGUUGUAGAAUUUUCCUCCUAGUUUGGUGAGGUUUCUUUUAUGAGAUUAAUUAUUCUGUGUGGAGGCCGAAUGCCGUCAGGAGACCAACCAGAAUGUGCCACGUUACCCCUUGCUCGAUACCGUGGCUCGGUACUGCUCAAUACCAUGACUCGGUAUUGCUGACGUGUUGCAUUCUAAUUGGUCUCCGGAUGACGUUCUAUGUCCGGUCUCUGUACAGAAUAAUUUCUCCUUUCAUGAAAGUACCUCCUGGAAGUAGCUGCGGAAGCUUGUGUGGGAAGUUGACAGGAAUUUGCAUUCAUCAUAGAAAUAAAAUUUUCUUUCAUAUGCAGUGAUAGGUCCUUGUGUUGUUUAAGAUUUUGUUGCUAUGGAGAUCAGUUAUAUAAGCGUGCCUAUGGAAUCCCACUAGUUGAGUUGUAAGUAUGAGAUAGGAAUUAGGAUGUAUUUAAUGCAAUUGUAGUCUCAAAUUUAUGUUAAAAAAAAUGUUAGGUGAGGCAAAAUUGUUUGUCAUUCCCUAGUAUGACCUGUGCAAAUGUAGAGAAGUAUUGAUCUUUGAGUGAGUAAUAUAUGCAUAUAUAUAAAGAUCUUACAUGUU